UUUUUUUUAAAAAAAAAAACACCAUUUUUUUUUCUCCUUCUUCUAUAAAUCUCCCCAAAACCCCAUAACAUUAACAAACCAAAAACUCUUCUCUCAAUAUAUUUUUCUCAAACCCAAUUUAUUUUUGUUUUCUUGAUUUUUUUUUUUCAAAAAUACCACAAAAUUUAGAAAUGAAAGAGUAUUGGACAUCUUUUGCUUCAUUAUUAGGAGUUUUAGCCUUCUGUCAAACCUUACUCCAAACCGUUUUCCCACCGGAACUCCGUUUCGCCUUAAUCAAACUCUUUAACAGAGUCUUUCACUGGUUCUCUUCCUACUGUUACUUCGAUAUAACGGAGAUUGACGGCGUUAACACUAACGAACUCUAUAACGCCGUACAGCUUUACUUAAGCUCUUCCGUUUCGAUAACAGGCUCGCGUUUGAGCCUCACGCGAGCUCUUAACUCAAGCGCCAUAACUUUCGGUCUCUCAAACAAUGACGUCAUCGUCGAUUACUUUAACGGCGUUAACGUUCUUUGGGAACAUAUCGUUACACAGCGUCAGUCUCAGACUUUUUCAUGGCGGCCAUUGCCGGAGGAGAAGAGAGGUUUCACUCUCAGAAUCAAGAAAAGAGAUAAAAGCUUAAUACUAAACUCUUACCUCGAUUUCAUCAUGGAUAAAGCUAACGAGAUCAGGCGGAAGAAUCAGGAUCGUCUUCUCUACACGAAUUCCAGAGGCGGAUCGCUCGAUUCCAGAGGACAUCCUUGGGAAUCUGUACCGUUUAAACACCCGAGUACUUUCGAUACUCUGGCUAUGGACCCGGAGAAGAAGAGCGAGAUAAUGAACGAUCUGAAAGAUUUCGCCGACGGUCAGAAUUUCUACCAGAAAACCGGUCGAGCUUGGAAACGUGGUUAUCUCCUUUACGGACCACCAGGAACUGGUAAAUCAAGUAUGAUUGCAGCAAUGGCGAAUUUUCUCGGUUACGACAUUUACGAUCUUGAGCUUACCGAAGUCCACACAAAUUCCGAGCUGAGAAAGCUUCUGAUGAAGACGAGUUCGAAAUCGAUCAUAGUAAUCGAAGACAUUGAUUGCUCCAUCAACUUAUCAAACAGGAAAAAACCUAACAACAAUAUCAACUCCAACUCCGGUCCUUCACCGGACAUGCGAAACGGAUCGGGUUUCGGAUCAGGAUCGGGUCACGAAGAAGGAGGAGGAAACACGAUUACUCUGUCUGGUUUGUUGAAUUUCACAGAUGGAUUAUGGUCUUGUUGCGGAAGCGAGAGGAUAUUCGUGUUCACUACGAACCACAUUGAGAAACUUGAUCCGGCAUUGUUGAGAUGUGGUCGUAUGGAUAUGCAUAUCUUCAUGAGUUACUGUUCAUUCUCUUCUCUGAAGAUUUUGCUUAAGAAUUAUUUGGGUUAUAACGAAGAAGAAGAAGAAGAAGAUAACAAGGCAAACGACGUCGUUUUGGGUGAUAUCGAAACCGUUAUAGAAAAAGCUCAAAUGACGCCAGCUGACGUCAGCGAGGUUUUGAUUAAGAACCGUCGUGAUAGAGCUAAGGCGGUUCGUGAGUUGUUGGAAGUUUUGAAGCUUAAAGCUAAGGCUAAUAACAGUACUGAGUUGGGGAAUCGGACGAGUGAACGAGUUGAAGAAGAGGAAGAACAAGAGAAGAGAGCUUUGGAGAGUCCUAAUGUUGACUUUGACCAUCUUAGUAGUUGUGAUAAUAAUAAGAAUGGUGAAAAAGAAGAAAGUAAAGAAAAAUGAAGAAUGAGGAAAGAAGGACUGAUUUUGACCGUUUUAGAAAGGAAAAAUAUGAAGAGGGACUGAUUUGCAAAUUUGAAGAAUUUUUAGUAGUAGUAGUAAUAGUAGCUAAAAAAAUUGAAAAAAUUGGGUAAAUUAAUUAUGGUAUAAUCCGAAUUUUUAACUUGUUAUUAAGCUUCAAUAAUGAGAGCUUAUUUUAUGUUAUGUAUAUAUAAAAAUUAUUAGUGUUAGUAAUAUUUAGGAGUUUUUUUAUUUUUUUUUUAUUUUUGUAUUUUUAUGAAAAUUAGCGUUGCAAUUCACAUAACAAUUAAUAGAGUAAUUUAAAUCGCAAUCUAACUUCAUAUAA